AUGCCUUUCAAACUACCGUCGAAAUUGCCAUCGAAGCUGCCGUUUGGCUCCGGCGGCGAGCCUGCUAACAAGCCCAAGGAGCCAUCGCUUGACGAUGUCCUUCCCACUAAAGCCCUCCGCGUUGAGCUUGUCGUCCUCAUAGCCCUCUGCACCGAGGCCAUGCGUAACGGGCUGAACGCAACCUUCGAGAGAAACAAAGAUCAGAAUAAGUCGGAGUAUACGUCCGCCCUGAAUCGCGAUGAUCUCUGGGGCAAUCGCGCAGCUGAAACUGUUGUGCAAGAUGCUGGCGUGGCCUAUCUGAACAACUGGCGAACUGAUGUUCUGCGAAAGACUGGUGAGGCCCUUGGCGUGCAGUCUGGCGACGUCAAACACCGCAAGGACGCAUAUCUGGCAGAGACUCGAACUACAAACACAACCAUGCUUGACGGUGGUAGUCGAGACACCUGGUUACCAUUCAGGCCUGUUCAGCCUCCGUCCCUGCUUAUGCAGGAGCUUGACGAUUCAAAACGAGCCCUUGUGGUGGGUGCCGUCCUGUUCAUUCUGCUGAGUCUAGAGAACUACCCUGCGCAUUCUCGGGUACUGCUUUUGUUCCUGUGCGAAUGCUUUGACCUUCCCGUGGACGUCUUGAGCAGUGCCGAAGCGACUACAGCAUUGACCCUGCUCAAGUCAGCAGAGUCCUCAGGCGUCGACACUUCCGUCCAGACCGAUGAAGCCCGGCUAGCACAAGCCGAGAAAAAUCGCCAGGGACGAAAGUGGAAGAUCGGUCUGGCAACAGUAGCCGGCGCCGUCGCCAUAGGUAUUACCGGCGGUCUAGCCGCACCCCUUCUGCUUGGUGCUGCUGGAGCUAUCAUGGGUGGAGUCGGCCUCGGUGGUCUCGCAACACUCCUGGGCGCGACUAUCGCAAAUCCUCUCACCAUUGCAGCUCUUUUCGGCGCUCUGGGUGGUCGAAUGACUGGUAAGGCCAUGGAAGAGUAUGCCAGGGAAGUCGAGGACUUUCGCUUCGUACCUACCAAGACCAAGCCCGACGGUAAGGAGGAGCAACACAAGCUACGUGUGGCUAUAGGGGUUGCCGGCUGGAUUCAGGAAGAGCAUGAUGUUAUCCAGCCGUGGAAGGUCUUCUCGGAUGCUGCCCUCGAACCUUUCGGUCUUCGUUACGAGUUGGGCGCCAUGACGAGUCUGACCGCGAUGCUCGACACACUUCUGAAAGACACUGCAUACUCAGUUGCUCAAGCCGGUGCUUUGAAGUUAUUGCUACCCGUCCUUUCUGCUGCUAUGCUACCUGUCACUCUUAUGAAAGCGGGUAAAUUCCUCGACAACCCCUUCACAAUUGCCAUGGAGCGAAGCGACAAGGCCGGAAAAGUGCUUGCGCACGCCUUGAUCGCUAAAGCUCAGGGUGAGCGUCCAGUCACGCUAAUUGGCUUCUCGUUGGGGGGAAGAGUCGUCUACGCAUGCUUGCAGGAACUUGCAGUUCAUAAAGCAUUCGGCUUGGUCGAAAGUGCUAUCCUAAUUGGAGCGCCGGUCCCCAGUGAUAUGAGCACCUGGCGAACGAUGAGGGCCAUGGUGGUCGGUCGGUUACUCAAUGUCUACGCCUCAAAAGACUACCUGCUUGGGUUCCUCUACCGCGCACGCAACGCUCAACUGGGUGUCAGUGGUCUACAGGCAAUCAAUGGUGUGCCUGGCGUCGAAUCGGUGGAUGUCAGUGAGACCGUAACCGGUCACAAUCAGUAUCGCCUUGCUGUCGGCAAAAUCCUCAGAGAGAUCAGAUAUACCGAUCUGGACCUCUCCCGUGUUGAGGACGAAGAACAGGAACUAGAAGCAGAGAAGAUCAAAGAGCAGGCGAUCUACGAAGAGGCGAAACGCAAUGGACGCCUACAAGGCGAGGAAGACGAGAAUGGUCAGCUCAAGAUGUCUGAUGCUGCUGACCUGGACAAUGGUUCCGCCAAGACCGGAGACAUCCCUGCUUCUAUGCGCGAUCUACAGGGCUUGACCUUGGAUGAACCACCGGCAGAAAAGCAACAGAAGCCUGAACCAGCACCCAUUGAGCUCCCUGUUCCAGAGUCUGAGGUACCUAAACGCAAACCAGUUCCAAUGCAUGAGGAGAGGGCGCCACCAUUACCCAAGCGCAAUGCGGAGCCUCUAACACCCACGAGCUCUGAGGACGAGGACGAAGAUCACCACCAGCCAAUCACCCUGACGGAUCUUGAGCCUGAAGCUGUGCCCGAUACCCCGCCUCGUCCUGGCCAGAAGCGUUGA